UGAAAAAAAAAAAACCAAAAAACGCUUGACAGGGCAAUAAGGACAGGUUCUGCAGCUCCCCGCGGUCGCCCCUCGGCGUGCGCCCUCCGCCCGCGGAAGAUCGUCCGUGGGGGCGGCCGCCGCGAGCAUGCGCAUGGGCACUGCGGCGGGCGGGUGCAGAGUCCUGGUGCGGGGACGCGGGGCGGCGCGAAGCGGUGCUCUCUGCCGCCCCGCGCCCCCAUGUACGCCUUUUACUCUCUGCUCAUCUACAUCUUCUACAGUCUUUUUCGCAGGGAUGGCGGGGCUGCGGGGGCCGCGGACCCCGGCGACCCCACCCAGAGAAGCGGUGGCAAACCUAGGGGUCGUCGUCGUCCCGAUCAGUUCACAUCGGAGCUGUGGACCGAGCUGAACAGCCUAGCGGGCUGCUCAGAAUCUGAGGAUGGUCAGAAAGGAGCGGAGGGUGGAGCACCUGAGGUGUCUCUGGAAGAGGCACUCAUGCGCCUUGCUGAGUUCCUCUCCGUCCAGUUGGGGGCAGAAGAGAGCUGCGGGACUCCUGACCCGAGCAAGCCUGGUGAGGUCCCCCCACUGUUGACAGUAACAAGUCAGCUCUUGGCCCUUCUGGCGUGGACACGGAGCCCUAGGGGGAGGCAGGCCUUGCUCCGGGGAACACUGCCAGCCAGCCCAGUGCAGCCCUCCACUCUAGAUGGGUCUCUGUCACAAGAGGAAAGCGCCUCUCAACCCACUCCCAUCCUGGAUGAGGUACCAGGGGAUGAGACCCAGGAACAUCAGCCUCCCCAGCUGGAGGAGGAACAGAAGGCUUGGCAGAGGCUGGAACAGCUUAUUCUUGGGCAGCUGGAAGAGCUGAGACAGCAGCUGGAGCAGCAGGAAGAAGAGCUGAGUAGACUGCGCCUGGGAGUGGGGGUGACAGAUUCAGAGAAAAGAGUUCAGCAUCUCACACUGGAGAAUGAAGCCUUGAAGCAGAGCUUGAGCCUUACCCGGGACCUCCUGCUGCACUGGGGCCCUGGCCCCCUCACCAGAGCUCCACAGGAGGAGGCAGGGGCUCUGUUGGAGCUGCAGGGCCAGCUUCAGGAGGCCCAAGACACCACAGAAGCCCUCCGAGUCCAGCUGGGGGUGCAGGAGAUGCAGCUGCAGGGCCUUCGAGGGGCCCUCCAGCAGCUCCAGCAGGAGACAGAACAGAACUGCAGGCAGGAGCUGCAGCAAGUUCAUGGACAGCUGGCAGGACUUCGGGCACGGAUGGCCAGCCUUCGUCAGGGCUGUGGUGACCUCCGAGGACUGGUCAGCACCUUUACUCAGAGUUGUCAGGGCUCACUGAGUGAGGCCCAGGGCCAGGUAUCCUGGGCCCUUGGGGCUCUGUCAGCUGGAGGGGCUAGGACUCAGCUUGCAGAGGGGCAGCAGGGACCCCCAGCUGGAUGCUCAGGGCGGCUUCUGGAACUCAAGGGCAACAUCCGUGUGCUCUGUCGGCUGAGACCAGCUGAAGGGAUACCUUCCAGCCUGGUGAGCGUGGAGCCUGGACAAGGGGGGACCAUCACCACCUGCCACCGAGGACGUCAGCACCGCUUUCGCCUGGACUGGGUCUUUCCUCCAGAUGCCAGCCAGGAGGAGGUCUUCAGGCAGCUGGAGCCAGCUGUGUUGUCUUGCCUCCAGGGCUACAGCGUCUGCAUCUUCACCUAUGGUCAGACUGGGACUGGGAAAACCUACAGCAUGGAGGGCCCACCCGAGGACCCUGGCAUAGCUCCUAGGGCACUGCAGUUGCUGUUCCGGGAGAUGGGGACUGGAGGGCACCACCACGUGACCCUCAGCAUGGUGGAGAUCUACAAUGAGGCAGUCAGGGACCUCCUAGCUACGGGGCCUCCAGAGCGCCUGGUUGUGAGGCAGGGGCCUGCAGGGCAGGGGGGAAUUCAAGUGGCUGGCCUCACACACUGGGAUGUGCCUAACCUGGAAACCCUGCACCAGAUGCUGAGUCUGGGGAGGAGCAACCGAGCUACAGCAUCCACGGUCAUGAACCAGCACAGCUCACGCUCCCACGCCCUAGUUACGCUGACUUUGCGUGCAGCAUCUCCACCUCGUGCCCAGGGCAGCACAGGCACACUGCACCUGGUGGACCUGGCAGGAUCCGAGCGUGUGUGGAAAGCGGGGGUGGCCAGUGCGCUACAGAGAGAUCCGAAUGGUGCCCGGCGUCUGCGGGAGGCCCAGGCAAUCAACCGCUCUUUGCUGGCGCUAGGAGGAGUGAUGGCGGCGCUCCGAGCCCGGCGGCCGCACGUACCUUUCCGAGACUCACAGCUUACACGCCUGCUACAGCCGGCGCUAGGCGCCGGCACCACGGCAGUGCUGCUGCUGCAGAUCUCCACGAGGACCGAAGAUCUUGGGGAGACCAUCUGCUCGCUCAAGUUCGCCGAGCGAGUGGGUCAAGUGGAACUGGGGCCAGCCCGGCGCCGUAGGGCCCCGCGCUCCGGAACCCCUUCUUCUCUCAGUACCGACACCCCACUCACUGGGACUUCCUGCACCCCUACACCAUCUCCUGGCACCCCUCCAAGUCCCGGCCCCGACAGCUGUUCUGGCUUGAUUCUUGAGCCUCCGUAGAUCUGGGGUCAGAGCCCCUAGGACUGGGCUUGAGCGCAUACCUCUGCUGGCAGAGGGUCAGUGAAGUCCCUAUACCCCAUCUCCCAGGUCAACCUUUUUUUUUUUUUUUUUCCCUUUUCUUUUUCAACUCAGGCCCUAGCUGCCCCCAGAGUCACACAACUAACCCCCUUUCCCUUCUGGAUCUGGCCAGGGAAUGUUGUGCUUGGAGAAACGAUUGUCUCCACCCUUCCACCCCCAAGUGGGCCAUAGGCCCUCAGCUCUCACCUUAUCACCAUUUGCCCUUAUCACAGCACACAGCAGGGGGUCCAGAGCUGCAGGAACCAGACCCCAGACCAAGUGGUUUCCCAAGUCACCACCCUGCCCCCAAUAUCAGACUUGGAAUUAAAGUGUUGUAAAUUCCUUUACUGUUAACCUCUCCCCUACUUCCAUCACCCACAAAUCAUGUAGGGUCCAGUCUUGCAUUUCCUAACCCUUCCCCCCAAAAGGUGCUACCUCCUACCCAGGCAGCUGGGGGGGGGUGCGCAAGACUUCAGAUCGGACCCGCUUUUGGCUCUCCCUCCCCCAGCCUGGAGCCAGGAAGGUGACAGAGGGAUGGAGAGAUGGAUGGCAUGAAGGCCUGAGAAGGCGGGACCAAGAAAAGAAGCACACUCUAGCCCGAGCGCUUUUUCCAGAGCCGGUCCCUGGGUGUGGGAGAGUCAAGGCAUGAUUGGCCAGACCUGUUACAUCUAGCAGAGGCAACCUUUCUGGAGUGACCCAAAUAAAGUUGUGGGUUUUCAGCAA